AUGGGCGAGGGCGGCUUUGGAAAGGGAAAGAACGACGGCAAGGGCAAGAAGGGCAAGAAGGGUGGCAAGAAAGGAAAGAAGGGAGCCGAAGAGAAGGAGUGGGUCCCUUGCACCAAGCUCGGCCGCCUCGUUAAGGAGGGCAAGAUCACUACCAUCGAAGACAUAUACUUGCAUUCUCUGCCGAUCAAGGAGUAUCAGAUCAUCGACCAGUUCUUCGCGCCAGGGACUCUCAAGGACGAGGUAAUGAAGAUCCAUCCAGUGCAGAAAAUGAGCUCGGCCGGCCAGACCAACCGCUUCGUGUGUUACGUCCUCGUCGGAGACAAUAAUGGCCAUAUCGGCCUGGGCUCGAAGUGCUCCAAGGAGGUCGCGACCGCCAUCCGCGGCGGCAUCAUCGCAGCCAAGCUGAGCCUCAUCCCCGUUCGGCGGGGGUACUGGGGGAACAAGAUCGGCCUGCCACACACGGUGCCGAUGAAGGUGGCUGGCAAGUGCGGCUCGGUGAGGGUUCGGCUCGUCCCCGCGCCCCGCGGCUCGAGCGUCGUGGGCUCCCCGGUGAUGAAGAAGAUGCUCGCGUUCUGCGGUAUCCAGGACUGCUUCACUUGCUCCUGCGGCCACACCAGGAUCUGCGGCGCGCAGAAGUCGAAGAAGAAGAAGACGAAACAUAACACCCACACACAAACUUUCGGAGCUCCGCGCGGAAAUCUUGGAUCGGCGCUGGGCGCCCUCGGCGGCACCUCCUGCGCCGCCCCUGGCGCGUUUCACGCCCUGGGGAAGGGGGUCCAGCGCGGAUGUAAGACACCCGCGCGGACUUUCAAAACAUGGUGUUCACGCAUUUUUGUUUAUCUGCGAAGGCCGAACGGCUUACUAUUUAAAACUACGAAGGUCUUGCGGACGACGACGACGACGACGACGACGACGACGACGUCCACGUCGACGUCGACAGCGGCGACGCUGUCACGUGAUGUCACGUUCGUGCAUCUUUUGGCGUGCCUUCGAGAGGGGGGCGCGGCACGAGGGAAGCCGCCUCUCCGACUAUGGCCGGGGGGCGGGGGGGGGGCUCCCGAGCGGGCCCCUCGUCGGCGCGCCUGGGCUCUCCGAGGAGCCUUCCCUGCAGCCCCCCCGGCCGUGCUGGGAAGGCCCCCCCGCCUCCAAGCACCCUGGCUCGGGGAGGAAGGCGGCCCCCCUCGCGCUCCCCCACCCGCCGGCGGGAAAUUGUAG